CCCCUCACCUCGGCACUGGAGCUGCCCGUGAUUGCGCCGCCCCAGCUCGUGGCUGCUCUCCCUUCCCAGGCUGCCCGUUACUUUCUUCCUUGCAUCCCUGCGCGGUUUCCUCUUUAAGACCCUCCUUGCACUCUCCCCCGGCAUAAUCAUAUAUUCAAGCCCUUUCAUAUAUGUUUUUGACCUUCUUUUUUACUCCUUGAUGAUUAUCUCUGUUUUCUGUUGUUUUUCUCCCCUCGCAGCCAGUCCGGCAAGAUGGGUUUCCAGGCUUGGCUGCCCCUGCCGCUGCCGGAGCAGCUGGUGGUGUUCGGGCUGGGGGACUGGAGCUGUUACUCUCCGGACACGAGCAUCGCGGUGGAUGUGCUGGUGUCCCCAGGCAUCGCCCCGCAGCGGGUCGGCACGCUGCAGCCCACCCGCAGGUCUCUGGUGUGGGAAGGUGACUGGAGAACGGAUAUUUUUAUGGCCUCAUUGGAAGAGAUGAACAAAGGCAACUCUAUGAAGCUUGUCUUGACUGUCAAUGGACAGUUGCUCCGAGGUGUUUCCAGCAGUACACCUGUCCACCCCUUCCUUGUCCCAGAGACCACACAGUCACCAGUGCUUCCAGCAGAUGAGAAGCCCUUUGGCCAGGACCUGGAGGAUCCUACUGCACUUAAGUGUCAGAGCUCAGAGGUGACUUCUAGAGCAUCCAGGCCUGGGAGCAAGGAUGUUUGCCCACCACUGAGGACCUUGACGGUACCCUAUUCCCUGAAGCCAUCAUAUGGCAAGGUGGAAGCCAGUGAGGCCUGGAGGAAGAGUCCUGCCCACCUCAAGAAGCCCAGGAAAGUUUUAUUUGAACCCACAGCAUCUGAGAGAGAUCUUGAUGAAGAAGAUCUGUCAGUGAAGGAGUUGCAAGGCAGUCCCAGCCCGAGGUGGUGCCAUGCCAUGUGCCUCAGUGACCUAGGGACAGCAGUUCUCAUUGGUGGAGAAGGUGUUGAUCAGCAGCCCUGCAAGGAUGCAUUCUGGAAGAUGGAAAUUGACAGUGAUUUCUGGCUUCCAGUGGGUUUCCAGCUACAGAAUGCCACGCCACUGUGCUUGCAUGGACACACAGCUACCUAUGACCCAGACACCAAGCGUAUCUACAUCUUUGGGGGCAUAAGGGAGGACAAAACCAACAGCAGCAUCUACAUUCUGGACACAACCACUUGGAAAUGGUUCCUUGUUGCUGCUAAAGGGAGGAUGCCAGUGCUCACCUACCACAGUGCAACUAUCUACUGCAAGGAGCUCUUUGUUUUUGGAGGGACUUCCCCCCAGAAGGCAUCAGUGGCAGUUGGACCCUGCAGCAAUGUGCUCUAUAUCUUCAACCCAGAGCAUGAAAUUUGGUAUCAGCCCAUCUUGGAAGGGGAGAAGCCUCAGCCUAGGCUUGGGCAUUCAGCUACUCUACUGAAGAAUAAGCUGCUGAUUUUUGGGGGCCAGAGGGCUUCUCUCUACCUCAGUGACAUGCACGUCCUAGAUCUGGGUUUCAUGGAGUACACACCAGUCCCUCUCCUCGCAGGACAGCCUUCUGCACGUUGUUUUCAUGCAGCUCUGGCUGUGUCCAACCAGAAGGUUCUCAUCAGUGGAGGCUGCAAUGCCAGAGGAGCCCUGCAGGAUGCCUUUGUCUUCCACCUAGAUACUCUUUCAUGGAGCACGGUGAUCCACCAUGACCUCUGCUCUGUACCUCGAGCUGGCCAUACAUUGCUGGACCUGACUCCUGCCUGCCUGAAUGAUGUGGACAAGGAGAAUAAAAAGGAGCACAACCUGCACACAGUGUUGGUCUUUGGGGGCUCCAACUGUGCUGGGACCUUUUACAACAGUACAGUCAAGAUCCAGCUGGAUGUAGGAUAA